AUGGCAAAAUCUAACAAGCAAGAUCCGACCCAUGCCAUUGCUUUGGGAAAUUUUCCAGAUGAACACUCUUAUAUCCGCCUUCCAGCGCCUUGUCAAUACACUCGGUACCCCCAAAGCACCAGACCAAACCGAGAGUACAGAAGUAACAUCAUAAGGAAAUUGAAGGAGAAUGGGUACGAGUACACUUGGGGAAAUGUAGCAGUAAAGCUUAAGGAAGCAUAUGACCUUUGUUGGGGGGUUGAACUGGCUGUCUUGAUUGCUCAUGAAGCAAGAAAACAAUUUCCAACUGAGAAGAUUUCGAUCACAAUGAAAUUAUUCACAACACCCACUAUUAAUCAGUCAAGAAGAAGAAAGAUCCAGCUGAUUCCUUUGCUUAAUACACAUAUGCCAGUUCCCUCUGGAAACUAUGCUUCUGCUUUGUACAUUACGGCAGUCAAAGCCAAUGUAUUGGAUAAGGUUAAAUCUGAACUGCUUACCCUUGUUGAGGCUUCAAAGAGAAGUCCCAUGUUUUCGCAGUUGAUGAAGGAUUUUUCAGUAACUGCUGACAUGAGAGUGAAGGCCAUAAAUGGUUUUUGUGCUCAAGCUAAAUUUACGGAUAUCACAAAGAACUUCUUGGCUCUCGUCUUCAACCUCUACAGUGGAUGGAAAUGCCUGCAAAAUAUCCCACCAAAAAAUGACAAAAACCAGAAACCAAAAGAAAUUGAGACAACCUAUCAAAACCCAUUUCAACCAAAAGAAACCAAAAGAAAUAUCCCAGAAGAGUCUGCUGGCCCCAACCCCCUCAAUCCCUUCACUGCCCAAGUAGCACCAUAA